AUGUGGCUGCUUGGUACCGCUCGCGCCAACCUCGUGUUCUUUCCCCGUACCGAGGACGUCCCGGGAGGCUUCGCGAUCCUUUCUCACACCUGGCAAGACGACGAAGAUACCUUUCAAAACGUUCAGCUAUUGAAUAAAGAGGCCAAUCAGGCCGGCGAGGAGCCCCCACACAAUCCAACCGCUCCACCAUGGUUCAACCCUCGCGAUCGCCUCUCACACAAGGUCAGCAAGUUCCUCGAACGUGCCGAGAAGGCUGGUUACAAGUACGCCUGGGUCGACACGUGCUGCAUCGACAAAACGAGCAGCGCAGAGCUCACCGAGGCCAUCAAUUCCAUGUUCACUUACUACGCCCGGUCCAGCAUCUGCGUUGUAUACCUCAGCGACGUGGUGAUGGACGGCGUGCCGCUCUCAGGGCCGCUAUCGCACGCAUCAAAUCCACAGGAUCUGCGGGACGCGUUCAAGAGGAGCAGGUGGCACGAGCGCGGCUGGACGUUGCAAGAGCUCCUUGCUUCUCCCUUUGUCGUCUUCUUCUCCCGGGAUUGGGUCUUUUUGGGGAACAAGAUCGAGCUCUCGACUCUUCUCGCGGAGUCCACCGACAUCCCUGCACCCGUCCUUCGUUUCGAGACGCCGAUCACGGAUAUGAGCAUCGCGACUCGCAUGUCUUGGGCGUCGCAGAGGGUGACGACCCGGCCCGAAGAUGCCGCGUAUUGUCUGUUCGGGAUCUUCGGAGUCAACAUGCCGACGCUCUACGGAGAAGGCAGCGAGAACGCCUUCUAUCGCCUACUGGAGGAGAUCAUGAAGACUUCAAGGGACCCCUCUCUGUUCCUCUGGCAGUGGCCAUCGAGUUACACUGAUCUCGACGCGCUGCUCUCCACUCUCUCCACUCAAAGUUCCACUAGCCGUCACAUCCUUCCCUCCUCUCCAGCGCAUUUCACUCAGUGCAACACAUUGAAGUAUGACGCCGAUACUCGUAUGUCAAUCCACGAAAAAGAGGUAUAUUUAUCAGUAUACUUACUCUGCCAAUCGCCCCUCACUCGUUAA